GAACCUGGCUGGAAAGUUGGGGUGGUGGGGCGAACUGGCGCCGACAAGUCCUCCUUGAUCUCAGCGCUCUUCCGCCUAUUCAACGAAGGUCUGGAGGGUGAGAUUGAAAUUGACGGUCGGGAUACGAGCACGGUAGGCCUGAGUGAGCUACGCUGCAAGAUUUCCAUCAUACCGCAGGAACCAGUGCUUUUCUGCGAAAGUCUGCGUUACAAUCUGGACCCGUUCAGACAGUACGAUGACGUGAAGCUGUGGGAGGUGCUGCGGCAAGUCGAGUUAAACAAUACCGCAUUGGAUCAGGAAAUCUUUUAUGGCGGUCACAACUUUAGCGUCGGCCAGAGGCAGCUCAUAUGUUUGGCCAGGGCUAUUCUAAGGAAUAAUCACUUGCUCGUUCUCGAUGAGGCCACGGCUAAUAUUGAUUCGCACACCGAUGCUUUAAUUCAAGAUACAAUAAGGAGUACUUUUAAAGAAUGCACCGUCAUUACGAUAGCACAUCGUUUGAAUACCAUUAUGGACAGCGAUCGUAUCAUCGUAAUGGAGAACGGUUCUAUUGUG